AUGAUUUCUAUCACGUCGCUUGCGCUCCUCGCCUCGGCAGUGGUGGUGGCGCCCCAGGCGCUCACUGCGCCGACGAUCGUGCUCACGACGGUGCGGUGCGCCAAAUACAACCUGGUCCCAUACGCCUCGGUGGGUCGCACUGUGUCCGCGGCAGCGCUGACGGCGAGCGCAUCCAAGUCCAAACGCCAAGUUCCACCCAAGUUCACCGAGAACUCGCUCGUCUACGACUUUGCGAUUGUCGAGUUGGAGGCGCCAUCCAAGAUCACGCCGGUCGAGACUUCGUUCGAGAACGACGCGGCCAACUCCGUCCGUGGCUGGGGCUUUGACGCACCAUAACCGAUGGGCGGCACGAGAUCGCCUGUACUCAAGGCACUGAGCCUUAGAUCUUGGCCAGCAGGAUUUUCCUUUCAAAAGAGGAGAACGUACGCCUCGUGCGCAGGCCUUCGUGUCCUCGCCUCGGGGACCAAAAGCGCUGUUUGUGUAACAGAAGCCAUUGUCCAUCUCGACAAGUGGUCCGACGGGCCACUGCGCCAAAUGAACCAGAUGUGGUUCGUCUUGGUUUAAAGCACUUGGCGCGGACAUUGAAUUGCCAGCCGCACAACAGUAACUCAAGUACCAUCGCUGCAUGUCCUCUGCGAUUCACCGCCGAAGGUGUGUCACGUUGUCCACGUCGUCGGUCUCGUCACUCGCGGUGGCCUUGGCGGCAAGAAUUGCCAACACGGUCGCAAGCGCAGCCCACUUUUUCC